AUGUCUGCCCCUGUGUUGGCGCCCGCCACCUCGGACUCGGUGUUCGUCUCGCCCGCCGAGUCCGGCGUGUCCUUCGACCGGCUCCUCGACGACCACGUGCCGCUCGCACACCGGGCCAACGCCAGUGCCGUGCCCGGAUCCGCCGAAACCGGCUACUCGCCGGUCUUCCGCAGCGACGCCGUGCCCAACUUGAAGAUCAACGUGCUUCCCGAGCUCGCCACGUACCACGCGUUGUGGCGCAACUCCGUGCGCCACUUCGCGGCCAAGCCGGCGUUGGCGUCGCGGCCCUACGACUACAAAACCGGCGUUCCAGAGCCCCGCUACGAGCCGGAGACGUACCUGCAAGUGGACGAGAAGAAGCGCCGCUUCGGCGCCGGCGUGAUCCACCUCCUCCAGCACAGCCCGUACAAGAACAGCGGCCUCGAGAGCCACCGCAAGAUCGACCGCCACUACGCCGACUGCGCCUCGUACGACGCCACAAACCUCUCCUUUGUGUUGACCAUGUUCCUGGGCAACCGCGCGGAGUGGGUCAUCACGGACUUGGCGUGCGUCGCGUACUCCAUCACCAACACCGUGUUGUACGACACCUUGGGCCCCAACGCGUCCGAGUACAUCUUGCAACUCGUGGAGUCGCCGGUGGUGGUGGCGUCCCUCGCGCACGUCGAGGCCAUCUUGGACUUGAAGCGCAGCCACCCCCAGGAACUCGCGGCGCUCAUCUGCGUGGUGUCCAUGGACCCGUUGGACUGCCGCUCGGACGCCGAGGCGCGUGCGCUCGCGGCCCGUGCACGCGAGUGCCUGGUCGAGCUCUACGACUUCGGCCAGGUGUGCGGCGUGGGCAGGCUAUUCCCGCACCCGGAAAUGCCCCCCAGCCCGGCGGCCGUGUACACCAUCAGCUUCACGUCCGGCACCACGGGGUCCAAGCCCAAGGGCGUGGUGUUGACGCACGAGACCACCUCCGCGGGGAUCACGUUCACCAUCUGCAACGUGCCCCGCAUCAAGGACGACGUGGAGAUGGUGUUCUUGCCGCUCGCACAUAUCUUCGAGCGCCAGUCUUUGGCAUACACGCUCGCCACGGGCGGCUUGUGCGGCUUCCCGCAGCUCAACGGCACGCCGCAGUCGUUGCUCGACGACCUCCGCGUCUUGAAGCCGAAGCACAUGUCCAACGUGCCGCGCGUGUUCACCAAGCUCGAGGCCGCCAUCAAGAACGCCACCAUCCACCUGGACCUGGUGGUCAAGAAGACCAUCUUCUCGCACGUGGUGCAGGCCAAGUUGGACCGCCAGACCUCCGACGGCGUCAAGGGCACCCACGCCGUCUACGACGCGCUUUUCAUCAGCAAGGUGCGCAAGCUCUUGGGCUUCGAGAACAUGGAGCACUGCAUCACGGGGCUGGCUCCCAUCUCGCCGCUGACAAUCAAGUUCAUGAAGGCCGCGCUCAACAUCGGCUUUGCCCAGGGCUACGGCUUGACGGAGCUGUUUGCCGGCAUGUCCUUCGGCGACCCCAACGAGAAGGCCGCCGACAGCUGCGGCGCGCCCGGCGUGGCCACCGAGAUCCGCGUCCGCGAAUUGCCCGACUUGGGCUACACGCUCGACGACCCGCGUGGCCACAUGGGCGAGUUGCAGCUCCGCGGCCCGCAGAUCUUCUCCGCGUACUACAAGAACGAGGAGGAGACGCGCAAGAGCUUUGACGGCGAGUGGUUCUCCACGGGCGAUGUGGCGAGAAUCGACCGCAACACCGGCCGCCUCUACAUCGUGGACCGCGUCAAGAACUUCUUCAAGUUGUCACAGGGCGAGUACGUGACGCCCGAGAAAAUCGAGAACAUCUACCUCCUGUGCAACUCCAUUCUCACCCAGUGCUUCGUGCAUGGCGACUCCACGCAGAGCUUCUUGGUCGCUAUUGUGGGCGUGGACAAGGAGAAGGCGGCGACGUUCUUGAAGCACGUGUGUGGCUUUGCCGGGGCGGCCCGCGCCCUGGAUGACGCCCUCUUGGCGGAAAUCAACAAGCCAGAGAACAGGAGGUUGCUUCUCCAGCGGUUGAACAAGCACGUGGCGGGGUUGGCCGGCUUCGAGAAGUUGAAGAACUUGUACAUCGAGUACGAACCCUUGACUCUCGAGAGGGACGUCAUCACGCCCACCGUGAAGCUAAAGCGCCCCAUUGCAGCCAAGUUCUUCAGACCGCAGAUCGAUCAGAUGUACGAGGAAGCGCUUCUGCAAGUCGGCUCGAAGCUUUAA